AUGGACUCCCAGCUUGGGGACCCUGACGCGACGACUCCUGGUCCAGUCGACCUGGCCAAUGGCAAGCGCCGCUGGCGGCGGAAUCGAGUUGCGUGCGAUUCGUGCCACACCCGUCGGGUCCGAUGCGACCGCGCGUUUCCCUGCUCUCGAUGCCUGCGCAGCGACACCCAUUGUGAAUUCACCCGUGAGCGUCGCAAGCGCGGGCGCAUUGCGCGUGCGAAAUUGGUGAAUGGGUCGACCGGGCCCGGCGAGGCGCCUCCGCACUUUGCGCCCCAGAUGGAAGAAUCGCUCGACCGGAAACCCUCCGGACAACCAGCCAUAUCCCCGCCACAGCAGCAGAGUUCCCCAGAAUCGACAUUCCAACACCGGUCUCCCACGACGAAUGAUAUCAGUUUGUCUGCGCCGAGCGUGGACGGGCCGCACUCGGCGGUCGACAGCUCGCGAUCGCAGCGACCAGGGCCAGCGCCCGGCCCUGGAUCCGUACCCCGGCCCGAAGGGAAUGCGACGGAGGAAUGGCUGUCGACUGCACACCUCUCGCCCGAGUCCUAUGAUAUUCUGGGAGGGGUACACGGGGGUGAUGGGCCACUGCCACGGCUUUGGGAUAUCUGGACUCCGGGGGAUUUGGCGGGCCACCACCCCCCGAAGCGGCAUUCGCAGCUCCCCCCGGUACCUGCGCAAACCCAUGCGGGACAGGGAGCCUCUCCUUCCAAACGGCCGGGGUUGAAGUACCCCGUCCUAGAACCAGUCAUGCCGUUCCUGGAGUCUAAUCUCCCACGUCGUCUAGUCUGUGAUCUACUAGAGCUCUAUUUUACAAGCUCGUUUUCGACUCAUAUGCAUCCGGUGUGUCACCACAUCCACUGUUACGUGUUGCGAAAGGCGUCCUUCCUGAGUGCGGACCGGCCGCGACCUAGCAGCCCGGCUUUAUUGGCGAGUAUGCUUUGGGUCGCGGCAGUGGACGACCGGGCAUUCUCUCUAUCCAUCUCUCCGCUACAACGUCGCAAGAUUUGUCAAUUUCUGUGCGCAUUGACCAUUCGAUUGCUGCGGCCUUUGAUUCACGUCUCGUUCAAGGAUCAGGAGCCCCCAGAGAAUUCCAAUGCGCCGCAGGACUAUUCAGCCACAUCGGCUCAUCAUCCGUUCGAGGGAGUCGGUGAUGACAAGGGUCUCGUGGGCCCUGCGGGGUCUUUGGACGAUGUGAUUACAUACAUCCAUGUCGCGUCGAUCAUCUCCUCGAGCGAACAAAAGGCUGCGAGUAUGCGAUGGUGGCACGCAGCAUUCACUCUAGCCCGAGAACUCAAAUUGAAUCAAGAAAUCGAGGUCAUGCCCAAUAUUGACAGUCAGACUGAUGGAUCUAGUCCAUCCUUUGGCUACCCCUUGGGUGGUUGGGCAAGUUCCCCGGCCGGUCCCGUCUUUGAUUAUUCAAAUCCAUCCCGACCGAGUUUGAAUUGCGUUUGUGAGGAUAAGCAUGACCGGCAGAGUAACGCCCCCGUGACGGAAGAGCAUCGCGAGGAGCGUCGACGCACGUGGUGGCUAUUGUAUAUCAUGGACCGUCAUCUCGCUUUGUGUUAUAACCGGCCGCUCGCUCUUUUGGAUGCAGAGAGUGAGGACUUGUUGCUCCCUUUGGACGAGGCUGCUUGGCAGGCAGGCAACAUCCAUAGCAACAGUCCGCGCGCGGACGGACCGCAGUGCGUCCGAUCGGGCGAUCGCAACAAGCGCCGCGUUUUCCCAAAUUUUAUCUGUCAUGAUCACUCUAUACUCGGCUUCUUUUUACCGUUGAUGACGAUCACGGGCGAACUGAUCGACUUGAACCAAGCACGAAAUCACCCUACCCUGGGGCUUCGGCUGCAAGGAAAGGAGGCAUGGGAGGUGCACGUGUCGGAGGUCCUUCGACAGCUGGAGAUUUACAAAGCUAGUCUGACGACUUUUGCUGCUGCCGACCCGGAGACUUCCUUGUCCGCUCAAUAUGCCAACAAACCCGAUCAACCGACCGAUGCGUCCUCGUCACAGGCUUAUUCGUGGCAUACACAAACCGUGAUCGCGUAUUCAUCCUACCUAGUACACGUCCUCCAUAUUCUGCUUGUCGGAAAAUGGGACCCAGUCUCUCUCAUCGAAGACAAGGAUUUCUGGACCUCUUCUCCGGCGUUCGCAUCGACCAUCUCCCACGCACUGGAGGCGGCAGACGCCGUCCAGCAAAUCCUCCGAUUCGACCCAGAUAUCAGCUUUAUGCCGUACUUUUUCGGUAUCCAGCUUCUGCAGGGAAGCUUUCUUUUGCUCCUGAUCGUGGAGCGACUCCAGAAGGAAGCCGGCGACGGGAUUCUCAAUGCCUGCGAAACCAUGAUCCGGGCGACGGAGUCGUGCGUGGUGACGCUGAAUACGGAAUAUCAACGCAGUUUCCGGCAGGUGAUGCGCAGUGCUGUCGCUCAAGCUCGCGGGCGGCCAGUGAACCCUAGUGAGAUUCGGCAUCGCCGCAAGGCCGUGUUGGCGUUGUAUCGAUGGACGCGCAAGGGUACCGGGUUGGCUCUAUGA